AGAAUGGUAGUCGGGGGCUCGGCGGGCGGCCGCGGGGCCGCGUCGCCCGGGCCGGGUGUGAAAAUAGUUGGGGAGACUUGUAUUUCUAUAUUUUUGUGUCAUUGCAUCUCCGGAAGGUUGAUUUCAAGAUAGUUGUGACCUGAGACUUGCGAUAUCUGAAGCAUAUUUAUUGAUAAACUAAGGACGCGACGUCACGGUGUUUGGUGCUCCACGGAGAUCAAUGACAAACCUGUGACGUCAGAGUGACGUCACGCCACAAUGACGAACAACAUGGGGAAGUCUGCGGCCGUCGCCAAGCGAAAAUCACACACUCUACCACCGCUGGAAGGCGGAACACAGGCAACGACGCCGUCCUCGUGUCUGAGCUACUCUCCUCCGGCGACCACCGAGGGCCGACGGCGGACCCGGUCCAUGGACCCCGCCCAACUCCCCACAUUAGAGCCCCCCGCCGGGGGAGGUAUCUGGCCCGCCCCACAGCGCGCCAUCAGUGUGGAGAGUGUCAGCGGGGGUCGGCCGGCGGUCUCCACCUCCCCGAGCUCCCCGCGCCGUGAGCCCCACGUCCGGGCGCGCGCCGGCAGCUUCCGGCUGAAGGACGGUCUUCAGCACAAGCAGCCGCGCGCCACGGAACCGGAAGAGCCGAUCGCAGCGCCCCGCGGCGGCAAACCGUUGAACCUGCAGCCGAUUGACACCAGGCGGACGACGUAGGGGAUAUCAGGGCACUAAAGAGUCUAAAAGGGAGAUAUGCUAAAAGCGACGCCUCCGUCGGACUGACCCAGGCUAUAAGAGUGGCUUUUUGCAAACUACAUAUCAGCCGUUGUGCAAUAGGGCAGUUCGAAUAAAGACGAGUUUUGUCUGACAUCAUUGCGUUAAAAACUGCACACAUCGCUCUGCGGGCAAGUUAGGAUGACAAGUGACACCGACUGACCAAUGCUAGCUGAACGCUGGUAAGGUGAAUGCCUAUGGCCUGUAGCUAGUCUAGCUGCUUCAUGCUUGAAGACGCCGGAAUAUAAGAUCUGCAUCAUGAUCCAUGCAUGAUGAUCUGUGACA